AUGCUUCCAUACUUGAUGUGCCACAAAUGCGAAGCUGGCUUGCCUUUUGCAAUUCUCAAUUCAAGACGUGUCCCCUUCCAGAGAGGAGUUUUCUGUAGUGAUGAAUCCAUCCGGUAUCCAUACAAAGAGGACACCAUUUCUUAUAAGUUGUUAGCAGGAAUAAUUAUUCCUUUCAGUAUAAUUGUUAUAAUCCUAGGAGAGACCCUCUCUGUCUUUUAUAAUCAUUUGCACUCAAAUUCAUUUGUCAGAAAUAACUACGUAGCCACUAUUUACAAAGCCAUUGGGACCUUCAUUUUUGGAGCAGCUGCUAGCCAGUCGUUGACAGACAUUGCCAAGUACUCCAUAGGUAGACUGCGUCCUCACUUCCUCGCUGUGUGCCAGCCCGACUGGGCACGAAUUAACUGCAGUCUAGGUUACAUUGAGAACUUCUCUUGCCAAGGCGACAAAGCAAAAAUCAAUGAGGGAAGACUAUCAUUUUACUCUGGCCAUUCUUCGUUCUCCAUGUACUGCAUGCUCUUCCUAGCACUUUACCUUCAGGCCAGAAUGAAAGGAGACUGGGCAAGACUUGUACGUCCUACCCUACAAUUUGGUCUUAUUGCUGCAUCUAUCUAUGUGGGUCUCUCACGUGUUUCUGAUUACAAGCAUCACUGGAGUGAUGUUUUAACAGGACUCAUUCAGGGAGCAGUGGUAGCUGUGCUCAUUGUUGUGUAUGUGUCUGACUUCUUCAAAGUGAGAGUAUGUACAUUUCAACCGAAAGAAGAUUCCCAUAACACAAACGGAAAUCACUUUGGCAGCAAUCAUCAACCAUGAAGAACGACCCACCUCACCUCUCUUGCUCUCUGAAAGGAAAACAAUUUCAUAACUAUGAAAUAUGUCUAACUAUGUAAUAUAAGUAAAUACCUUUAAGGGACUUGCUGCUGCUCUCGGAUGCUCACUUUACCUGUAUAUAGUAACAUCUACCACAGUUAUUGUGUAUCUAAAUUUCUGUUGGUUCAAGCUCUUGCUUCAAAGAAAAAAGCUAUUCAAAUUGUAAAUUUUUAUUGAAAACAUGGUAACAGUUAUAUUACAUACACUGCUGUUUGUACAUGCCUUGUUGAAACAACUGUGGUUUAAAUACACACCAUUAAAAGAAAUAAUGACUUGAGAUGGAAGUAGCAUGUGAAGCUGAUGAACUUGUUCCAUAAUGUGCAUCUAGUACUGUUUUUAAAAGGUAUCUUCUGUUACAGGUAAAGGCUUGCAGCGAACACAAUAUCUCUCUUGAUUUUUGUAAUCCCUAUUAAAAAGGAAAACCGUAUUAA